UAUAAAAAUCUUGCACGUAACAAGUAAAAUUCAAAUCAGCCUCACAAUUCACAAACUAACCAUCUUUCAUGCAAAAGCUAGGCAUGGCUUUGAAAAACAUCCACCAUCACCAUAAUCAGCUACAUUUUGUGAUGUUUCCAUUAAUGGCACCAGGCCACAUGAUCCCAAUGAUAGACAUGGCUAAGUUGAUAGCAAAGCACGGUGUUGCAGUCACUAUAGUCACUACUCCAGUGAAUGCCACCCGCUUCAAAUCAACCAUAAACCGUGCUAUUGAAAGCGGGUUGAAUAUUCGACUAUCUCAGCUCGAGUUCCCUUGGCAAGAGGCUGGAUUACCAGAAGGAUGUGAAAAUGUGGAUAUGCUUCCUUCGCUAGGCUAUGCAAUAAAUUUUAUUAAAGCUGCUGCUAAGUUACAAGAACCUAUGGAAAAGUUGCUUAAGGAGUUGCAACCCAAACCAAGUUGCCUAAUUUCUGAUUACGGGUUCACUUGGACGACUGAAGUUGCUAGAAAAUUCAACAUCCCAAGGAUAGUAUUUAAUGGGAUGUCUUGCUGCUCUCUCCUAAGCUUGCACAAUUUAAUUGCCUACAACGCGAUUGAAAAUGUAAAGUCAGACACUGAACCCAUUCAAGUGCCUGGUUUGCCAGAUAGAAUUGAGCUCACCAGAACUCAGGUGCCGAAUGCAGUACACCAAGCGGGGGAUCCUUUAAGGGUGGAAAUGCGCGAGGCGGAGAGGACAGCGUUUGGGGUGGUAGUGAAUUCUUUUGAGGAGCUAGAAUCAGAGUACUUGAAGAGGUGUAAGGAGGCAAAGGGGAAGAAUACUAUAUGGUGUGUUGGGCCUGUUUCACUCUGCAAUCAGGAUGAGUUGGAUAAAGGAGAAAGAGGUAACAAAGCUGCACUUACCGUUGAAAAAUGCAUGAAAUGGUUAGAUUUACAUAAGCCUAGGUCAGUGAUAUAUGCUUGUCUUGGAAGCCUCUGUAACGUUGUUGCAUCACAAGUGAUGCAGCUUGCUUUCGGGUUAGAAGCAUCAAAUAAGCCUUUCAUCUUGGCUAUGAGAGAAGGGUAUAACCUAAAAGAGGUGGAAAGAUUGAUAGAAGAAGAUGGUUUCCGGAAAAGGGUUGAAGGGAGAGGAUUAGUUAUACUGGGUUGGGCACCACAAGUGCUUAUACUAUCUCAUCCUUCAGUAGGCGGAUUCUUGACGCAUUGUGGUUGGAAUUCUACUCUUGAAGGCAUAUCUACUGGUUUGCCGAUGGUUACUUGUCCUCUGUUUUCCGAGCAAUUUCUGAAUGAGAAAUUUGUGGUGGAAGUUUUGAGGGUUGGUGCAAGUGCCAGGGUAGAAAACCCGACGAUGAACCCAGGUGAAGAGGUAAGGGGAAUCUCUCUAGAUAAAGAGCACGUCAAGCACGCUAUAGAUUUAGUGAUGGAUGAUGGAAAGGAAGGUAAAGAGAUGCGAGAGAGAGCUGCGAGGCUUGCAGAAAGUGCUAAGAAAGCAGUGGAAAAGGGCGGAUCUUCUGAAAGAAGUUUGACGUUAAUGAUCCAAGAUGUCAUCCAAGAGAUAGAGAAAGAUAGAGAGGAAGUUGAUAAAAGGGUGAUUUAACAGAAAAUCACCUCUGCUGGUAGUUUUGUUUUUAUAUUGCGGUUGGUUCAUAGUACUAACCUUAAGUCUUGGUAUAACCUGUUUUCUUCUUGUUGGAUUGCUGUAUUCAGUUAAACAUCAGACAUAAUUACAUAUUUACAUGCAUCAA